AUGGCCCAGCGAAGCCCAAUCUUCCCAACUCUUGCCCCUUCUGAAAGACGUGUUCGAAACAUAGCACUGCACAGCCAGGCGUUGACAGCGGUCCCGUUGGCAUCGGCAAGCCUGGUGGAUCAGCUGGAAGACAGAAUCCUAAGCCAUGAGAAAACAACGGCGGCUCUUGUGGAACACGCUUUUCGCAUUAAGGAGGACAUUGUUUCCACUCUGCACAGAAUGCAGAACAAAGGGGGGGGCGACCGGUUGGCUAGGCAACUCUUGGAAGAACAUAUCCGAAACAUAACGGCAAUAGUGAGGCAGCUUAAUCGGGACAUUGAGAUGCUGCAGGAACAGAUACGUGUCAGAGACAAUCUCAGCUACGGAACAAAUUCUACCCUGAAGAGUCUGGAAAUGCGGCAGCUUUCUGGCUUAGGAGAUCUUCGGGGAAGAGUUGCAAGGUGCGAUGCUGGGUUAGCCAGACUGUCCGCAGAGCAUAAAAUUACGUAUGAAAGACUUCAGAGCCUAAGUAAAGACCAGCACACCUCCAAGCUGAUCUUAGAAUCCAAAAUCAAAGAGGCAGAAAUACAGAUUUCUCAUCUUCUGAGCAGAGUAGAGCAAUCAAUAAUGCAACAAGAAGCGAAGCUGAAGAUUGCCUACAAAGAGAGUAACCAACAGCUCCAUCUUCUGGAUAUGAAAUUAAAAAAUGCUAUUGAGGAACUCAGCAGCCAGAUUUUGUCUGCACGUAGCUGGUUGGAACAGGAACAUGAAAGGAUUGAAAAAGAGCUUGUGCAAAAAAUUGACCAACUCUCAUUGACUUUUAAGGAAAACACUGAAAUGAGCGAAAGAGCUAUAGAGAUGAAAUUCAACCAAAUGGCAGAGAAAAUUGACAAAAUUGAAGAAAUACAGAAGAUAACCAUGGAAGCACAUGAAGCAAAACAGACUGAAGAAAAGAUAAAUAUUCGCAUUGGCAAACUUCAAAACGAGAUAAAUGAAGAUAUAAAAGAAAUGAAAGCUGAAGUUAAUGCUGGGUUUGCAGCUAUCUACGAGAGCAUUGGGUCUCUACGGCAAGUUCUAGAAGCAAAAAUGAAGCUGGACAGAGAUGAACUCCAGAAGCAGAUCCACCAAAUGAAGCAGGAAGUUCCAACAUGGGGAGAGGCUGGACCAUGACUGCAAGAUUUGGUCUGAGAGAGUAAUGAUUACCUGGCUAAAUAGGCAGACUAUAAUCUUGUUCCAGUCUGUAAUCCAAAUUAAAUGCAUGUACCAAAUGACAUGCUGCUGUUGCACAGGCCCAUAAGUUUGCUUGGAGCAGUAAAUGCAAGCUCUUCACAGACCAGCUGACAACAAGCUUUUACGGGCUGAAGUGCUGAUUUGCCACUGCACUACUCCAGUUGCUCUCAGGAGAUUAAGCACCGUGUAAAACUGGAGUAAUAUAUUGGUGAAGCUGGCACCUAAUUUGCUAAAGGCAUUCCAGUGCUCCCCAGUUUCACAGGCUUGAUCAGGCAGGUAUACACUU